GAGCUUGGUCCAGAUCUCGAACAUUAUCCAUUAGUUACGUCGGGGAUACAAAUGUAUCAAAUGAGCACCGAGGUUCAACUACACAGGUCCCAGAAGAGCUGAUGCUUGAUUAUACUGAAAUUACAUCCAUACCUCCUUUACCUCUUUGGGUGCUGUUGAAUGCUGAUAAUGAAUUACCAGGACAAGGCAUGAAUAUUCUAGAAAAAAGUAAAGAUUACAAUGAACUUUUCGAAAUGAACAAAUCGGAAGAUAAUUUAGAUGAUCUUCUUGAAAACGAGGACGAUCAAUGCAAAUUCGAGAGAAAAUUGUCCAUGCCAGAGAAACUGAGUAUAGCACAUUUUGGUUCACGUCAGGGCCAACUAUUGUCGCGCCUUCUCACCCACACUCAUUUGCCUGGCUUGUCGUCGUUAGAUCAAAUGCAUUUGUUAGCCCUGGCUGAUACUGUAGCAAACUUCAACAGCGAUUUUAACGAGAAAUUCGCCUCCGAUCAUGGAAAAAGCGUAUGCAAAGAUGUUUCUGGCAAUGCAAUGUCAGAAUCAUUGGAUGAUUGCGGUCUACGAUUUUUACUCGCUAUGAAACAUUUUACUUACCUCUUGCGCUGUUUGCCAUUAAAUCAGAGAGCCCAAUUUCAGAAGCAAGGCAUUGGAACAUCAAAUAUAGUAUGGGCUUUUCACUCUGAAAGUGAAGAAGAGCUUUUAAAUCUCAUUCCAUCAUAUUCAAAAGGAGAUUUACGAUGGGCAACACUGAAAGAUCUGGGUGUGGGAUAUUGGUUAAAAAAUAUAAACAGCUUGCGUUGUUGCGUGGAAAAACUAGCUAAAAGCGCAUACCAAUUAAAGCAAGAUCCGUUAGAUGCGGCGAUAUUUUAUUUAGCUAUGAAAAAGAAGUCAAUAGUAUGGGGACUUUUCCGAUCUAAGCGAGAUGAAAAGAUGACCGCUUUUUUUUCAAAUAAUUUCUCCGAAGAUCGAUGGAGAAAAGCAGCGCUUAAGAACGCAUUUGUUCUGCUCGGAAAACAACGCUUUGAACAUGCAGUUGCAUUUUUCCUUCUUGCAAAUUCUUUAAACGAUGCCAUAGAGGUCUGCAUAAAUAAAUUAGAGGAUUUUCAACUCGCUUUAGUAAUAGCAAGACUCUUUGAAGAUGACAUUGAAAUUUCGAAUAAAUCAACUUACCGUAGCUUACUCUCCGAACAUAUUCUCGGACUUCGGGAUGAAAACAGUUCGUUUGAUGUCAGUAAAGCUCACCCAGAUCCUUUCCUUCGAUCAAUAACUUACUGGAUCUUAAAGAGGUAUCAAGAAAGCUUGCAUACAUUAUUACUAAACGGCGUUGGCAUGAACCAUACUGCUUUCAAAGAAGAAGAUAUGUUAAAACCAGAAAACUCCUCAACAAAUCCUAAUGUUUUCAACUUCUACAUAUAUUUACGUACACAUCCUUUACUAGUACGACAGAGCUUAGCUUUAUCUGCACAGGAGAAGAAAUGUGCAAACGUUGUGCUGUCGGGAUUUAGCUAUUCUGGAGAGAGUCAAAUAUCAAAAUCAAAUGAUAAACAACUGCAACUUGAAGACUCAAUAACACCCAUUGAAAGACAACUUUAUUUUACAACUGCGCAUGCACACUUUAAAGCAGGAUGUCCAGCUUUAGCCUUGGAAGUUUUGAAUAAGUUGCCAAUGAAAAUUAUGGACGCAAACAGUAUUUUUGAAGAAGCUUCCGCCCCUAUUCAAAAAGUAGAUCAAAUAACUUCUGGUAUAAUUGACUGGGGGGAACCAGUGGUUGAUUCAGCUGCAAAUUUUGAUUGGGGUGCUCCGGUUUCAUCUGUGAACGAAGAACCAUUCGAAAUAAAAUGGGAUGAUUGUGGCGUACAAGAAGAUGGCGGAAGUACGUCACAAACUAAAACCGAAACAGUUACUCGAGAUACAGCGGAAAAAGUUCCGAUAGAAACUGCAAAAGAUGUAAAAAUAGAUAUUAUGGCACAGCAACUAAAAUUUGUAGCAUGUUUAAAAAUUUUGAUGGAGGAAUUGUCGACUUUAGCAACUGGUUUCGAAGUUGAUGGCGGCCAGUUGCGAUAUCAACUAUACAUCUGGCUAGAAAAGGAAGUAGACGCAUUAAAACAACUUUGCAAUUACUGCAAUUACGAUGUCGUUAAUUUGGAGACUUCUGCACAAAUAUCAGACCCUACACUUAAUGAAAGUAAUCCAAAUUCCACAUCCAUUGUGCUAUCGGAAAAACCCACUCUUCAUGAAAUCUUAAUGCAAGAGAAAUAUGAUUUUGAAGCAAAAGUUUUCAGAGCUGCAAAAAGAAAACGUUGGCUCAAAGCUAACGAGACGCUCUUGAGGACUUUGUUGAGUUACUGUUCACUUCAUGGAGCCAGUGGGGGCGGUCUUGCCUCGGUGAGGAUGGAAUUGGUUCUUCUAUUGCAAGAACUGCAACAAGAAAAGACUCAACAACAGCUUGUAAGUCCCCUUCCGUUUCCAACAACUUUGCCGUUAUUAAGCGCUUGUGUGGCCGGAAAUAAAACUGUCAGUGCGGAUCCCAUUAAGUAUUUGCAGUCGCAAACAGUUGAUAUGCUUCAGACCAUUAUAAAAAUCGCACCAUUACCCGGUGUGACAUCAAACUCCUUUUGUGAAAUCUUUAUUCUUCGCGAUUUAUCGAUUGCACUAUCUUCAUGUAUUUACCAAUCAUUAUGUGAUUCGGAAAGUUUCGUUGUUCAUCACAAUACAACAUUGAAUGGAUUUCAAAGUCCGGGAAUAGAAAAUAUCGCCAAACUUAAUUCUCUGUUCGAAUGUUCUCAUUUAAUUGGUAAUACGAAUGUUUACUGUAAGAGGAGAAAAUUCUCGUCUGAUGAACCAACAGUAAUUUGUACUUCGCCGGCGAAAUGGCCUGGCGUUACGAACCUAAGAGCAUUGUUAGCACGAGAGAAAGAUGAAGACAUUCCAAAAUUAAAUGUAUUGCUACUUGAAUCUUUUGUUGCAACGUAUAUGUCGCUGUUAAUUUAUGCAAUGGCCACUUGUGAUUGCCGUUUGUUGUACAGACUUGUUGGUCAAAAAUUUGCUACCGAAACUUGGUCAACAAUAUUUGGAGGCGGAAUGAAGAAAUUAUUACGAAAAGCAACUUUGCGUAACGAAACUAUGAAUUCAAAUCAAUCACAGAUAAACUCUUCAGCAGAAAGACCAGAUGAUAGCGGGGUCUGGAAUACAGUGACUUCAAUUACGAAACAACGUGUUAAACUUAAUAUGAAACUUCUGGGUACAUUUAGCCAAAAUAAUACAUCAUCAAACAUGAAGGAAGAUAAGCCCACUUAUCGGGAACAGUUCGUGCCACCAGAAAUGUCGAUGCUGUCAUAUUUUCUUCUGAAACCUUCUAAUAAUGAUGAAGACGACUAUGACACUGAUGAUCCUGUUGAAAGUGACAAUGAAAUGGAGGAUGAAGACGAUCCUACUGAACUUAACAAUUCUGCAAAAAUAAAUUACCAACAACCAAAGUGCAAUACCGAACAUUUAAAUCCUUCUUCAUAUUCCUGGAGUAUUUUACGGUUGGCCAUUAUUCAACUUAUUUCCUCCAAAAUUCAGGAUUUUGUAAAUGUUUCUGGUAUAGAAAUUCAAGGUAGCGUAUACGGUUACAUAUGUAUGUAUAUCUUUAUGUUUGUAGGUAUUGAUACAUAUGGGUAAAUUCACGUCAAAUGUCCCAAGCGCGGCGCAAAAC